AUGUCGACUCUAGCGGAGGAAUUGCUGCAGGACUUUGAGGACUCAGGGUCCGAAAAUGGGGAGGAGCAAAAUGACACCGGACUUGACCUCGAUGGGCCAGCUAUUGGUCCGCCGGCAAGCCACGAUGAUAACGACAUGGUGCUAGACGGCGAUGAAGAAGAGCCCGAUGAGGACGAAGAAAUGGGUGGCGUGAGCGCCGCCGAACCCGCGGAAGACGAAGAAGCCACCAAGGCCAAGGUCGAGAAGAUGCAGCUAGGCGGAGUUAAAGAUAUUCGUAAGGUUACAACUGUUAUGGACAGACUGGACCCUCUGCUUAAGGAUAUCGCACACUAUCAAUCGAAACCUCUCACGCUACACACUAUCAAUAUAGGUAACAUUGAGGACAACCCCGAGUACAAGAUCCUCACUGAAUCCAACACUCUCUCCACUCAGAUCGAUGGCGAGAUCAUGAAGGUCCAUAAGUUCAUCAGAGAUCAUUACUCCGCUCGAUUCCCCGAACUUGAAACGCUUGUUCAGAACCCGAUCGAGUAUGCUAAGGUUGUAGCCAUUCUGGGAAAUGGACCUAUGGAUUCGGAUAGCAUCAGAGCGCUUCAAGGCUCAGCUGACAAUCCUCUGGGCGAAUCGCUCAAGUCAGUUCUAGAUGGACCAUCGCUGAUGAUUGUCACCGUCGAAGCCACUACAACGAAAGGUCGUGAAAUAAGUCAGGAGGAGCUUGAACGCAUUCUGAAAGCUUGUCAUAUGAUGAUCAAGAUGGACAAGGCCAAGAAAACACUUACAGACUACGUCCAGUCGCGAAUGAAUAUAUUUGCUCCUAACCUCACAGCCCUAGUUGGAUCCUUGACUGCUGCGCAAUUAAUUAAUACGGCAGGGGGGUUAACUAAUCUUUCCCGGGCGCCCGCCUGCAAUCUUGCAGCUUGGGGCUCGAAAAGAUCAGGGAAUACGGCAUUCGCCACUAAUGUGGGCGUGAAACAGCAAGGUUACUUGUACCAUUCACCAAUCAUCCGUGGCAUCCCAACGGAUCUAAAGAAGAAGGCUAUGAAGGCGGUGGCGGCGAAGCUCGUCCUAGCUGCACGGGCGGAUACCGGUCACUCAACCCCUGAUGGGUCAUAUGGCGAAGAACUCAGGGGCCAAUGUCUAGAGAGGUUAGACAAACUAACGGAACCGCCACCGAACAAGGGUCAACGAGCGCUACCGGCCCCGGAUGACAAACCUUCCCGAAAACGGGGUGGUCGACGGGCCCGUAAGGCCAAGGAGGCAACUGCAAUGACUGACCUUCGCAAAGCUCAAAACCGCAUGGUUUUCGGCAAGGAAGAGAAAGAAACGGACUACGGAAUUGGAGACUCUACUACGGGCAUGGGAAUGAUCGGCCAGACAAACGAUGGACGAAUUCGUGGAGUGCAGAUUGAUAACCGGACACGAGCAAAGCUUAGUCAAAAGCAUAAAGGCUGGGGAGGAGCUACGCCUAUUGGCGGCUCAGCUUCAUCAUUGCGCGGAUUUGGCCAAUCAGGCAACAUUGACCUUCGUGGUAAGGGUCUACGAACUUCAGGGGUAGGAUCCACUAUCGGAGGUGCAGGGACAGCCUCAUCUCUAGCAUUCACACCAGUUCAGGGACUAGAGCUUGUAGACCCCAAGGUUCAAGCUGAGCUUAAUCGCAAGCGAAAGGCGGAGGAGGACCGCUGGUUUAAGGGCGGUACCUUUACCCAAGUGGCCGGAGGCGGGACAGCUAGUAGCGCCAACGGUAGCUUCAAGGUCCCUGAACACCCCAAUAAGAAAGUCGAUACCGGUGCUGGUAAGAUGGGCCCGCCGGCGGUACCCGCUAAGAAAUAG